AUAUGCUGCCACACAGUAGUUUUCAGCCAAACAUCGUCAUUUAAGAGAUUGGCUUGUCUCCCCUUUUGUUGAAGUGCCAGACAUAUAUACCGCAAUGCAUUUCUCCUCGAGGAAUCAAAACUGUCGGUUUUACCUAUUGGCAUUGGUCGUACCGUUAAAAACGAUGUCAUGCGCUGGAUAACACCGCACGACAUCAUUUGCCAAGGUCCCAUACUCCCGACACUCGAAAAAUACCAUCAGUGACAGCAAUUUAUGCCUUUUCUGUCAUUUUCACACAUCAUGUCAAGGAGCAGAUAAUGCACAACCGAUGUGAGAGAAACUUUUUGUCUUCACCAGCAGCCAAACCUGGGACCUUCUCGGACAUUGUCGUCUCCGCACACGAUGCGGAUGCGCCACCACCACUCUGCAAGAAUGAAGCUGACAGGUGACAAGUGCCCCCCACACCUGUAAGCACGAGCAAGCUCCACAAAGGCACCGCCUUUGACGCAUAUCUUCUCCUUCUUCUUCUUCUCCUUCUUCUUUAUAUGUUGCUCCCCAUCCCAUCCCAUGCUUUUGUAUUUAUCCUUAGCUUCAUCCCUCACUGCUUGUGAAAGAGCAAAGACAAACCCUUCGUGCGGGAAGACCACCCAAGCCCACAACACAUAUUGCACAGACAAACACCAGCUUCUUCUGCAACGAGAUUGAGAGAGAGAGACAGAGGGAGGGAGCAAAAAUGGCGGCAGGGGGAAGGAACGUAGCAGGGCCAUUGCUGUUUCUCAACCUGGUCAUGUACCUCAUCGUGGUCGGCUUCGCGAGUUGGUGCCUCAACCACCUCAUCAACGGCCAAACCGGUCACCCCAGUUUCGGAGGCAAUGGCGCGACGAUGUUCUUCCUCAUCUUCGCCCUCCUGGCCAGCGUCGUCGGGAUCAUCUCGAAGCUCGCCGGCGCGAGCCACAUCAGAGCUUGGAGGAACGACAGCCUCGCCGCAGCCGCGUCCUCUGCACUCAUCGCGUGGGCCAUCACCGCCCUUGCCUUCGGGUUGGCAUGCAAGGAAAUAAACGUGGGAGGGCACAGAGGGUGGAGGCUGAGAGUGCUGGAGGCGUUCAUAAUCAUACUGACCUUCACUCAGCUCCUGUACGUGCUGCUGCUCCACGCCGGCCUCUUCAACAGCCGCUUCGGCCCGGGCUACCGAGACACCCCUUACGGCAGCAGCGCCGCCGCCGCCGCCGCCGCCGGCGAGCCUUACAAGGGCGGCCCGACCACCGGUUCGGUCGUCUAGGAAUGUGAUGACAAUGCCCUCCUCUUCUAUCUCGGACAUGCAUGUGUAUGUCAUCAUCCAUGGUUAGAGCCGUGGGAGACGUACGUUCAUGUUUUCGUUUCCUUUUAUUUUCCUCUUUCAAGGUUUUGUAAAUUAUAAAAAAUAAAAAAAAUCGGUGGAGGUUUUUGCAUUUUGUUAGUCUAUGCUUUGCAGUAGUUGUACGUUUA